GCACGCCUGCGCAGAGCCUAGGGCCACGUCGCUUUUGCAGUGCCGGGUGUAAGUACUCAGACAUGGCUUCUGCAGACUCCCGGCGGAUGGGGAAUGGCGGCAGUAUGGGGGGCGCCUUCCAUCCCUACCUGGACUCCUUGCGGCAGGAGCUACAGCAGAGGGACCCGACGCUGCUGUCAGUCGUGGUGGCGCUCGUCGCGGUGCUGCUGACGCUAGUGUUCUGGAAGUUCAUCCGGAGCAGAAGGAGCAGUCAAAGGGCGGUUCUUCUUGUUGGCCUUUGUGACUCCGGGAAAACAUUGCUCUUUGUCAGAUUGUUAACAGGCCUUUACAGGGACACUCAGACUUCCAUCACUGACAGCUCUGCUGUGUAUAGAGUCAACAAUAACAGGGGUGCUAGCCUGACCUUGAUUGACCUCCCUGGCCAUGAGAGCUUGAGACUUCAGUUCCUAGAGCGGUUUAAGGCUUCAGCCAGGGCUAUCGUGUUUGUAGUGGAUAGUGCAGCCUUCCAGAGAGAGGUGAAAGAUGUGGCAGAGUUUCUGUAUCAAGUCCUCCUUGACAGUAUAGGUCUGAAGAACACACCAUCAUUCUUAAUUGCUUGCAAUAAGCAAGACAUUACAAUGGCAAAGUCAGCAAAGUUAAUUCAACAGCAGCUUGAAAAAGAAAUCAAUACUUUGCGAGUCACCCGUUCUGCUGCCCCCAGCACACUGGACAGUUCUAGCACUACCCCUGUUCUGCUGGGAAGGAAAGGCAAAGAAUUUGAGUUCUCACAGUUGCCCCUCAAAGUGGAGUUCCUGGAGUGCAGCGCUAAAGGUGGAAGAGGGGACACUGGCUCUGCUGACAUCCAGGACCUGGAGAAGUGGCUGGCUAAAAUCGCCUGAGGGACAGAGCCAAAUGCAAGAUGUGAAUCUGUAUGUGUGUCUGACAGGUUUGGAAAAGGAUGUGGAGGUUUAGAGUUGAUAAAGAAGGGGUGCAAAUGUAGUUAGGAAUGUUUCCUUGUUCUGGGAACAAAUUACUGUUGAAACCAGUGUGGAAUUUUUUUUUUUUUUUUUUUUUUUUUUUUUAAGGCCAGUCCUCCCUUUUUGCUUUCAAGCUAGUCGCUUUUAUUUGAUUCAUGUCUUCCCUUUCGAAAGUGUAUGUGAGAUCCCUUUAGCAUAUGCUUGAUGUAAGGUCAAGGUCUAACAAGCAGACCUCGUGCAUAGAGAGGAUAUUAUCAUGAGAAUGUGGCAUCAUCUGGAAAGUUUUCUUGUCCUCUGCUUCUGUGCUCUGGUCCCCUUUUCCUGGAAACAAACCUGUCUCUGUAUGGAACUGGGUGAUUUCCAUUUGCGCUUGACAUUCAUGGGUAGCACAUCAUCUAGUCCUCUGUGAAUUUCAGAUUUGUAAUCUGAAAUUUGUACUGAUUUGUACUGUACAGUUACAGUAUGGUCCCCUGACACAUGAAAACAGGUUGAAAACAGUGAGGUUGUGUUGGCAGUCUGUUCUUCAUCAGCUCAGUAACUUGUCCACACUCCAGUUUCAUAGCACUUCAGUUCAAAAACAUGUUGUGAACCCUGGGAGUGAUUCCCAGAUGAUAGAACUCUAAGUGCUAGAUCUUGCUAUGCCAAGGGUCUGGUACAUGCUAGUGGUUUCCCUUCCCUGAGGAAUAUAUGGAGAUUUAGAAGCUGUUUUUCUGGAUACAGAAAGGCCUCCUGGGCUGUCUUCACAUGCUGUGUACUCUUAGCUUGAAUGCUAUGGAGCAAAUACAAAAGAAAGUUCCCUGUAGGUUUUCAAAGUGCAUAUUCAUCUAUGGCUUAAAAAAAAAAAGCCUUUUCAAAGUGAUGUUCUUUGCUAUCUGCUUAAAUGUAUAACUUUUUUUUAAUGGAUUUUAUAAGUGAUUAAUACGUUUCUUGGUAAAUAAAACAACCUGUCUAGCUCAAAGCAUUUACGUAGAAUGGUAUAGCGAGUACAAAUGGGAGCUAUUGUGAGGAUUGUGGCCUAACUCCCAAGUUUCCAUGGCCUGAAGAUUGCAGUGUACAGAGAGGCAAACUCUUCAAUCCCUACUUCACACACUCAGGGACAAGCCAACUAAAGCUUAAACGGAGACAGGGGUGGCUAUGGAUAAGUGAGACGCUGAUUGCAGAAGAGCAUGGGAAGAGCUGUAGCAGGAGAGGCACAGGGCGAUCCCAGGGUGUGGCGGGUGCCUAACCUGGCCUUGAGGGGUGGGGAGAGGCCAAGGAGAAGAGCAUGGCGCCUAGGACGUGCCAGUGAGUAUGGCCCAGACCUCUGCCUGCUGUCACCCCUCCCUGUGUGUCACUCUGGCUCUGAGUGAGGGGAUUCCAGCCCCCCACCCCUCACCCUGCUCUGGAGUGUGAGAUAAACAUGAGCUGAACGGAGAAGCUUAGACCCUGACCCUGGUAGGGUUCGUAUUGGGACUCAUCACUGCGUCGUUCUUGCUGCCCUUCGGACUCCUCCUUGCUUCUCCCUUAUUAGCCAGUAGUAAUUUAGGGAAGGAGGUAAGAACGCUGAACCAGAAACCCAAGAGGAAUGUGGUGAAUGUGGCUUGUUCACAUAAUCGUAGGAAGUGUUCACCCGAAUAAACAUCUGAUGCUUCAGUUAAGAGGC